GGGAGCGGCGCUGAGGCGGUGGGGGGGGCCGCCGGUAUGGCUGCCAGUGCUAAGUCCUUCCUGGCCGAUGCGGGCUAUGGCGAGCAGGAGCUGGACGCUAACUCCGCCCUCAUGGAGCUGGACAAAGGCCUCAGGUCCGGCAAACUCGGGGAGCAGUGCGAAGCCGUCGUGCGUUUCCCCAGGCUCUUCCAGAAGUACCCUUUCCCUAUUCUCAUUAAUUCAGCUUUCCUGAAGCUAGCGGACGUUUUCCGGGUGGGAAACAACUUCCUGAGGCUGUGUGUGCUGAAAGUUACUCAGCAGAGCGAGAAGCACCUAGAGAAGAUACUAAACGUGGAUGAGUUUGUCAAAAGAGUUUUCUCAGUAAUUCAUAGCAAUGAUCCAGUUGCUCGGGCUAUUACCCUUCGGAUGUUGGGCAGCAUGGCAUCUAUUAUUCCAGAAAGGAAGAAUGCACAUCACAGUAUUCGUCAGAGUUUGGAUUCCCAUGAUAAUGUGGAAGUUGAAGCUGCUAUAUUUGCUGCUGCCAACUUUUCUGCACAAUCAAAGGAUUUUGCUGCUGGAAUAUGCAAUAAAAUCAGUGAGAUGAUUCAAGGUUUGGCCACACCUGUGGACUUGAAAUUGAAGUUGAUCCCAAUUCUACAGCACAUGCAUCAUGACGCCAGCCUGGCCUCCAGCUCCCGGCAGCUGCUGCAGCAGCUGGUAACAUCCUACCCCUCUACCAAGAUGGUCAUUGUUACUCUGCACACUUUUACUCUGCUUGCUGCAUCUUCUUUGGUUGACAUUCCCAAACAGAUCCAGCUUUUGUUGCAAUACUUGAAGAAUGACCCCAGGAAGGCUGUGAAGAGGCUUGCCAUCCAAGAUUUAAAGUUGUUGGCCAACAAGACACCACAUACGUGGAGCAGAGAAAAUAUUCAGGCUCUCUGUGAAUCUGCUCUUCACACUCCUUACGACAGCUUGAAACUGGGCAUGCUCUCUGUUCUUUCCACGCUCUCGGGGACCAUUGCCAUUAAACAGUACUUCAGCAGUGCUCCAGGAACGGCAGCUACAACUGUGAGAUCAUUUGAUUUAGUAAAACUAGCCCAGGAGUGCUGUUACCAUAAUAACCGUGGCAUUGCAGCUCAUGGUGUGAGAAUUCUGACUAAUAUAUCAGCCUCUUGUCAGGAAAAAGAUCUUUUGCCUCUGGAGCAAGAUGCAGUUUUUGGCUUAGAAGCUCUUCUUGUUCUUUGUAGUCAAGAUGACAGUCCAGGAGCUCAGGCAACCUUAAAGAUCACGUUAACUUGUAUGGUGAAGCUGGUCAAGUGCCGUCCUCACCUGAGCCAGUCGGUAGUUGAGUCCCUGCUGACCCAGCUGCACAGCGCCCAGGACACCGCCAGGAUUCUCAUGUGCCACUGUUUAGCAGCUAUUGCCAUGCAGCUGCCUGUCCUGGCAGAUGGGAUGCUGGGAGACCUAAUGGACCUCUACAAAUUAAUUGGCCGGUCUGCCACAGAUAAAAAGCAGGAACUCUUGGUUUCUCUUGCGACAGUGAUAUUUGUUUCCAGUCAGAAAGCUUUAUCUUCAGAAGUCAAAACUGUUAUCAAACAGCAGCUUGAGAAUGCCUCCAAUGGAUGGACAGCCUACAGGAUAGCCAGGCAGGCUUCCAGAAUGGGCAACCAUGACAUGGCCAGAGAACUGUAUCAAAGCCUCCUGACUCAAGUGGCCUCAGAACACUUCUACUUCUGGCUGAACAGUUUGAAGGAGUUCUCCCAUGCAGAACAGUGCCUGACAGGUUUGCAGGAGGACAACUACAGCUCAGCACUUUCUUGCAUUGCUGAAGCUUUAAAAUCCUAUCACAAAGGAAUAGCGUCACUGACGGCUGCUAGUACGCCUCUUAAUCCUCUGAGCUUUCAGUGUGGAUUUGUGAAACUCAGAAUUGACCUUCUGCAAGCUUUUUCUCAACUUAUUUGUACCUGCAACAGCCUAAAAACAAGUCCACCACCAGCUAUUGCCACAACGAUUGCUAUGACAUCAGGAAAUGAUCUGCAAAGGUGUGGGCGCAUCUCUAACCAGAUGAAACACUCAAUGGAGGAAUUCCGAAACCUGGCUACACGGUAUGGAGACCUGUAUCAGUCAUCUUUUGAUGCGGACUCAGCAACUCUAAGGAAUGUAGAACUACAACAGCAGAGCUGCCUGUUGAUUUCACAUGCAAUAGAAGCUCUGAUUUUGGAUCCAGAAUCUGCAAGUUUCCAGGAAUAUAGCUCAAAUGGAACAGCACAUGUCGAGAGUGAAUAUGAAAGAAGAAUGAUGUCUGUAUUUAAUCAUGUACUGGAAGAAGUGGAAUCCCUCAACAGGAAGUAUGCUCCUGUGUCUUACUUGCAUACGGCUUGUCUGAGCAAUGCUGUCAUUGCAUUGUUGAAAGUACCCCUUUCAUUUCAAAGGUACUUCUUCCAAAAGCUGCAGUCUACAAGUAUUAAGCUUGCUCUGUCUCCAUCCCCGAGGAACCCAGCAGAACCUAUUGCAGUACAGAACAAUCAGCAAUUGGCCCUAAAGGUGGAAGGAGUGGUUCAGCACGGAUCUAAACCAGGCCUUUUCCGUAAAAUCCAGUCUGUCUGUUUAAAUGUCUCUUCAGUGCUGCAGAGCAAAUCUGGACAAGACUAUAAGAUUCCUAUUGACAACAUGACCAAUGAAAUGGAGCAGAGGGUGGAACCACACAACGACUACUUCAGCACUCAGUUUCUGUUAAACUUUGUGAUACUUGGCACCCACAACAUCACAGUAGAGUCCUCUGUAAUAGAUUCAAAUGGUAUUGUCUGGAAAACGGGGCCUAAAACAACUAUUUUUGUUAAAUCUCUUGAGGAUCCAUACUCCCAGCAGGUUCGUCUUCAGCAACAGCAAGGACAGCCACCAUCACAGCAGCAACAGCAAAGAACAGCCUACUCACGGUUUUGAUUCCCAGCAGUGACUCUAUCCCAGUCAAUGGUAUUACAGUUUUUUCUUGGACUCUCUUUUUGAAAGACCUACAGUUUUAACCUUCUAGGAAGUCUCAGAUGACAAUUUGUUGCUUUUUAAACUAUCUGGAGUAAACUUGAACUUGAUUCAGCAGAGGCAACUCUGUUCAAAUCUGGAGUUGUGCUUUUAAUGUAAGAACUUCUUCUACCUGAUGCCUUCACUUCUGUUUACAAACCUGUUACAGCAGGCUUCAGAAACUUUGAUAGCAGGGAACACUAACAGUUCUUUGACUAGUGUUUUCUGUACUGUCUUUUUUGAAGCACAUAGGUUCUAAUGUUAGGCUUACAGGACAUCUGUAAACGCUUUGGCUAGUUACAUAGAACUGAGUGUAAUACCAAGUCUGUAUCUUUUAACAGGAAGGAAUUGGCAGGAAUAUCCAGAGAUUUAUUUUUUUUCUGACAUUUUUAAUAGAAACUUUCAGUAUUUGGUUGGUGUAUGUGUGUUAUUACAAUUCAUCAGCACUACUUAGUGCACACACCUGAAAGAAAAAAAAAAUUGCAGCUCACUUCUCAUACCUAGUCAUUGUAGAGGAAGGAGACUGCUUGAAGGGUUGCUGUCUGGGGAGUCUUACAAGAGGCAGAAUUUUACAGGUGGGAACAAUAACUGUUUCUCAGAUGAUAUAGGAAAGAUUACUAUGUUGUUGUUGAAUGAAUCUUCGUGUAUAUCUGUUUUGGAAGGCUUUGGUUUUGUUGGGGGCUUUUUGUUUGCUUGUUGAAGAGCGAAAUUAUCUUGCAAGUUGUCAUUUGUUUUAACUGCUUUGUUUUUUUAAAAAAGGAAUUUUAUAUACCAAAGCUUUGUGGUCUUGUGUACUCUUUGACCAAUUUAGUGAUCUUAAUUGUUACUUUUACAGGAUAACUUGAAGGAGAAUUUUGCCAAUACUAGAAAUUAAUUCAGAGUAACUUUGGAAAUAUAUUACUUCAUACAUAGUUUUCAUGCUUCCUUUGAGAUGUAAAAGGCUGAACUCGGCCUGUGUCUGGGCUCCCAGGCAAUAGAUCACAUAACACGUCCUUCACCUGCUCCUCAUAAAUAAUCUCUGCUUAUCAGUGCAGGAAAGUAGGACCCACUUGAAUGGGGAGGAGGGAAGAAUGUCUUACAGACUUCAGUUUGUAAAUGGUUUAAUCCCUCUCAUUGAAGCAGAAAUUUUCAUUUGUUGUUUUCUCAGUAAAUUCCUAAGAUAUUGUUAUUUCUUCAAGUUGAUUUCACUGUAGAUGCUGACUACAGCUUGCAGGUUCUGCUUGCUUUAUAUGCAGAGAAUAUGAUAAUGGAUUGUUAUAAGACUAGGUUUCUUUGGCAUAGCUGGAUGAAGAAUUGUUUUCACUGUGUUUUCCCGUAAUAGUUGCUUAAGAAAUCAACUUUCUUCCUCUUGGCUUAAGAUUAACUAGAAAAAAAAAGGAUGAGAUCAUGGUAGAUUUCAUAGUGUCUUGGUCAGGCUACAAUCCUAAACAGAAAAGAUAAUUGGGCAGCAAGGUGGAAAUAGAAGACUCACAAAAUUGGUGAAAAAUUCACCAUUAUCCUUCUUAAACCUCAUUUUUAUUUUGUGCAGGAGACAGAAACCACCACUACACUUCAAGCUGGCUGAGGAAAAUGGUGAUUUCUAUCCCCAAUUCUAUGGUUUUGUACUUAGUUUUUUAGGCGUGUGUGUAUAUAUACACAUACAGAUUUGCAUGCAUACAUGGACCUAUAGCUACAUGUAGUUGUGUGGUCCAGAAAGUUGAUUCACCUAGAGUUGUGCAUGCAAGUCUGUCAGAUUGAGGACCUGAACUGUUUGUGGUUGGUUGCAUUUUCCAAUAAAGUCAUAGAUCAAUGUCUUAACCACAAA